AGAGACACGAGCCGUCGCGACGACGCAAACGGAGCACUUCGACGUGCAAUUCUCACGUGCAUUUCACUCGUUACGUGACGUGAUCAGCAACGCAAAAUCGCAGCGUUUGAAGAUUUUGAUUUUCAUUGAACUUCGACGAACAUUCGACCAUCGAGACUGAGGAAAAAUUUGGAAAAACUGGAGCACAUUUUGUGUCGCAGUAGCAGCAGCAGCAGCAGGCCGGAAGAUGGUAUCGCCGAAGAACAUCAAGGAGAGCAGAAUGGAGACUACAACUAGAAGCUGGACCGCGAGACCAAUAUUGGGCUCGGAUUUCACGGAAGCCCUAGCGCUACAAGAAGUCUAUGUAGGCGUCUUGAAGCAACGGAAGGACACCUCCACAGCGAUCCAAAGUAUAUCCGCUGUCUUGCCAGGAUUCGCUCAUCUGAAGCGUUGUUCCAAUGGCAAGCUGCUUCUAGCUCCCCUUUGCUCGAGCGAUUCAUCACGAGCAAAUGACGAUGGCAUUCCUCUCGAUGAAGAUCAACUUAAGAACCAGUUGAAAGAAAGAGGAUUUGAUCUCUCCUUAUUGGAGGACAAGUUUCAGGUGACAAAAGUUCCAGCCAAGGCGCCAAGAACGAAGUCGCAAGCCGGCGAAGCUGCCAAGAUCUGGUCGGUAAAUUUCCAUCCCGACCAGACGAUCGAAAGCCUGAUUGACGGCUCGAUCUUUGAUGAGAAUUGCUUGGACGCGAUCGAGCGGAUUAUGUUGCUAGUAAUAGAAGCUGCCAGGCUGGAGGCGAUCGGCGACGAACGUUGCACCGGCGCCGCGGCGGUCGUCGAUCCCGAGGAUGGAAGAAUCCUGGCGGUGUCCGCCGCGAGAAUCGAUCGACAUCCUAUGUGGCAUGCUGCCAUGUUGGCGGUGGAUCUUGUUGCCAGGCUUCACGGCGGCGGUGCAUGGCAAUUGAAUGACGAGGGUGGCGAUAGUGCCACGAAGAAGCAAACGGAAAGCUCAGUUAUCCACGAAAAGGAAUCGCUCGGCGACGAGAAGGCAGACUCGUGCGCUACGACUGAAGGUGAGAACUCGAAGGGACGGUUAAAAAGAAUCAAGAGAAGAUACGAAGAGGAAACGCCGCUUUGUUAUCCACGAUCUCUAGCCUCGCUACCGUUUCCGGUUCAAACGCCCCUCGAGACGCAAGUCGUGCAGAAAGGUCGAAGAAAUAAUGGCGCCAAAUCUGAGAGGGAAGAAUGCGGAAGUGACACGGAGAAAUGCGGACCGUAUCUCUGCACGGGUUAUUGGGUGUUCUUGCUAAUGGAGCCAUGUCCUUUGUGCGCUAUGGCGUUGCUGCACUCGAGAGUCACGCGGAUCUUUUACGGUACGGCUAAUCGGAGCGUCGGAGUUUUGGGCUCCAAAGCGGUAUUGCACACUCUACCGGGCCUGAACCAUCGAUAUCGCGUCUGGGACGGAAUCCUGGAACGAGAAUGCCGGCAAGCAGUGGAAGAAAUCGACGCUCGCAGAAGCCGCGAAUGAGUCACAAAUUCGACGCGAGUCUAUUGUGAAAGAUAAUGACUCUCUAAGUGGUCGCAUGGACAAUUGGUCAUCGCAAUUUCCGGGAAUAACUGAAGAUGUUAACGCCACAAAGUUGAACAAAAGAGACGGCAAAUAGAAGCGAGGCAUAUAUUUCGUUGUUGACGUCUUCCGUAUGUUUGUCGUUCUUGCUGUGAUGACUUUUCGUAUGAAUUGUGUUAUCUAUGCAUGUAAAUGGCAUUAUAAUGACAUUUUUAUGAUACAUUAUCUCACUUGCGUAAUGCAUUCUGCAUAUAUUCAUAUCAAUAGUCAUAAAGAAAUAAAUCCGUUCCGUUAAAAAAAAAUUGUGUGAAUCGUUAAUAUAUCGAGAGCAAUAUAAUAUCCUUUCAACGAUAUCCGAAGAGAUAAAUCUACUCGUUACUUGAAUCCGCGUUUUCCGAUAUAAUGUUUUCAUGAAGCGAAUUAUUUCUGAGAUCUUUAUUUCGCGCGACGGCGGAUUAUUUCUUUAAUUCGUCGGUCGCGCGCCAGCAGCUUACAUACCUGUGCGUUACAACCGGUUUUGUAAUUUCAAUCGAAAGCAGGACGGCGCAAAAGACUACACGUGGUAUGAACGUGCGUUCGAGCAUAACUCCUGGUACAUACGUGACCUUGACGGUUUGACGCGCACGUAUGCGUUCCGGGCGCGUCCAUGUGCGUUCGCAUCUGCUGCCGCUUCUUAGUGUGCAUGGCGAAUUAACACUUGUGUUUGCUGUCACACAGCGUGACGUACCAUCACUCCCCGAAGAUUGUGAAAAUCAUUUCUGUAUAUUCUUUAUCUCGCUUUCGAUAGCAAAGUAUAUUCUUCAAGAGCAAAGCAGCAACUUCUGAAGCGCUUGAUCGUUAGACAAGAUAUUUCUUUUACCCGAAACUGCCUUAAUUUUAUUUUAUAAAAAACAGGAGAAAAGAUUGAACGAAUUACAAUAUAAAAUUUGGUUAAUAAAUUCAGCUAAUUUUUUCACAGUAUUGGCCAUUAUUAUGUACGAAAAAUUAAUUCGUGUAAAAUUGCUCAUCAAAAAUUUACUUUUUCCGACACAUAUCCAUAAUUGAUGGUAAUUGUAAAACAGACUCGGACGUUGCGAGCCCGUCAACGUUCAUUAUUCAAUAUAAAAUAGGUACAAUUAACUCUUUGCACAUUGUAAAUCACUGACGUGAUUUACGCGAGUAGUCGUUCAGCUUAGUGCCAUGUCGGCAAUUCGUUUAAUUCAGUAGCAAAUAAUCAUGUUCUUCCGUGGCAAUAAUUACCGGCAAUUUUUUUCUCUUGAGGUUUUCCCAGGCAGGUUCACAGGCAAGCUUGCAAUUAUCUCUCACCGAGAUGCUGAUAAUAUGCGAGGAUCAACGAAGAAUUCGUCAAAAUAUAACGCUGAUAAACUAAGUCUUAUAAUAUUGCGGCAACAAAAGUAUAUGCAUUUAUUGUAUCGAUAAAAUUCGGCGGACAUUAAACGAGUGUUGUCACUCGACUUAAUAUGUACAAUUCGAUCGAUAAUACGGUUUAAUGACACCUGAGAGUACACAACGCGGUUUCUGGAAGACGAUAAUAAUUAAUUAAGAGAACAUUUGUUUGACAUUGUUACGUCAGCGACUAACACUCCUCGGCGGAGCGCGUCAUUCGCAUUCCUGUAAAUAGAUAUUACGCCUUUUCAAAUCAUCAAGCAGUAGUUCGUACAUGUAAUAUUAAUAUUAUAUUUUCGUUAUUUGCUAUAAGUCAAUAAGAACAUCAGUCGAACUCGUUUGAGCUCCUUGACACUGACGCGUUAAAAUUACAUCAAUCAAAUUUAAGCUAUGAAAUAUAUAACGAUUUCCCUGUGAGAUCGCAAUUUCUUCUAUUAAAGCGAUUGAAGAUUUAUUAAAAUGUAAAUUUAAGUUAUUACGAGCCGAGCUGGGUGGCAAUUGCUCCUUUUCCAUUUAUUAAUAAAAUUGUAUCUACACAACAGUUCAUGAUUGGAUAUAUAUCCAAUAAUAGUAAUAGCUUUU